AGUAUAUAGCUGCCGCCAUGGGAAUGGAAUCCAUGGUCUUUCUGGCAGGUUGUAUUGAGCUGUGCGCAUCACCGAGUCCUACUCGGCCAACCACCACCUUGUUGACAAACAAGCUCGAAGACCCUCCUUAUAAGAUCUCCUCGGUCGUCCCGUCUUACUACUGUAUGGCACGGACUUCAAGUAGCAACCGUUUCCGAACGGCUACCGCGUGCUCCGUCAAGAUUUCCCUUUCCGACGGUCGAAACGAUCGAACGGUCGCGAGCGGGUGGUGAUACUGAUGUUGCACUAACG